AUGAAGACUUUUGCAACCACAAUUGGGUUUUUUGCCCUCGCUGUCUCUGCUGUGCCUUCCACUUAUCGCCGUCCUGGUCUUGUACAGAGCAACCAAUUGAGACGUGACCUCAUGCGAUCGGCACUCCUUGAGCAUGCAAAGAAGCUGCAAGAGUUUGCAGAGGUGACUCCUGAGAUUACUCGUGUCGCCGGCAGUCGCGGUCAUAACUUGACCGUUGAUUAUAUCUAUGAUACUUUGGUUAAGACUGGAUACUAUGAUGUCGAGCUCCAGCCAUUUACCUAUGUGUUUUCGGAGGGCAAUGUGACCAUCUCAGCGGCCGGUACUUCGUAUGAAUCACAGUACUUCCAGUACGCUCCAGGUGGGACUGUUGAAGCUCCUCUGAUCUCUGUCUCAAACUUUGGUUGCGACGCUGCUGACUUCCCUACAACUGUUUCCGGAAACAUCGCUCUUGUCUCCCGAGGAACCUGUGAAUUCGGGUUGAAAGUAGCACUCGCAGGUGCUGCCGGAGCCAAGGGAAUCAUUAUCUAUAAUAACGUCCUGGGUCCUGUAGGUGGUGGAACUCUCGGUCCUGAUGAACGUCCCGAGGGGAAAUAUAUCCCCGCCGGCUCGCUCUCUCAGGAAGACGCUCUCAGCUUGAUAUCUAAGCUCAACAAUGGCACCUCAAUCACCGCAAAUCUAGAUGUUGACGCCCUCAUCGAGACCCGUUACACCAACAAUGUGAUCGCAACCUCCAAGUGCGGAGACCAAUCCAACAUUGUCUUCUCCGGCGGCCACACCGACUCAGUCCAAGCCGGCCCUGGCAUCAACGAUGACGGCUCCGGGUCCAUGGGAAUUCUGGAGAUUGCGCUUCAACUGACAAAGUUCACUGUCAACAACGCCGUCCGCUUCGGCUUCUGGUCCGCUGAGGAGUUUGGUCUCCUUGGCUCCGAGCACUACAUUACCACCGCCCCGGCCGAAGAGCUUGCCAAAAUCUCGCUUUACCUUAACUUUGACAUGAUUGCCUCCCCCAACUUUGGAUACUUUAUCUAUGACGGCGACGGUUCAGCUUUCAACACCACUGGCCCCGCAGGCUCUGACCACAUUGAGCACCUGUUUGAGGACUAUCUUGCCAGCGUCGGGAUCAAGACCGCUCCUACAGAGUUCGACGGACGCUCCGACUACGGUCCUUUCCUGGAAGUCAACAUCCCCAGCGGCGGUCUGUUUACCGGAGCCGAGGGCCUCAAGACCCCCGAAGAGGCGAUCUGGUGGGGUGGUGAGGCAGGUGUCGCAUAUGAUGUGAACUACCACGCUCCAGGAGACGAUAUCACCAACUUGAACAUGGGCGCAUGGAUCCAGAACACGAAGGCGGCGGCGCAUGCGAUCGCGACAUAUGCGGUGUCGACGGAGGGAAUCCCCAAGAGGACGGGGCAGCAGAAGAGGGGCGUCAAGUCGGAUAAGCCAAAGGCAAGGUGCGGCGAGGACAUUCCCAUUGCAGUGAUGUAA